AUGAAAUGCAUUACCAUUUUGAGAACUUUGAUGAGUGGAAAUCCAACCAAAAAAAAUGUUGGACUCUAUGCUUUUUCUAAUUGGCAUCAUAAGUAAGUUUUUUUGCAAAAUUUUUCAAACUCAGGAUUCUGGCCUAAAAAUUUUGGUUCAUCAAAAACUUAGGCCACGCAAUAAUAUGCGCCCGGUUGCAAACUGUUCCUCAAAUAUAUUAUAAUUUGUGUGGCAGAGUACGGUAGCUCAAAAGUGUGAAAACAGAGCGACGCACAAAUGCAUGCACUAUUGGUUGAAUUUCGCACGAAAAAAAACUAAACUAAUUUGAAGAUGAAAGUUUGUGUUUUCAAAAGUUCAAGAAAAUUUCACCGAAAAAUGAAAAAUUUCCCAAAAACCGGAAAUUAUCUGAAAUUCAAUAUGAUCGUUGGGUUUUGAUGUGAACAAAGUUGGUCACACUUUUCCAAUGGGCGUGGCUUCAAACAAGUGUUUCGAACUAAUUAGGUUAUCGUGAGAAAAACUAAAUCUAAUUUUCAAUCCAAGUAAGAAAAAAAUGAAAAAAAAUCUGAAGUGAAAUUGUGGACUUUGUGUUCUCUCUGAUUGUGAAUGCGAAAAGAAAGCAAACAAAUUUCAAUCUGGAAAAAAUUCCAUGAAUUUUAAAUUUUCCCAUUUUUCCUCUCAUUCUCAGGAAAAAGAGGAAAUCUGGGAAAGUUCAAAAAGUCUUUAUUGGGUGUGACGAAAAAAAGGUUUCUCAUCCAUCGACCGCCAGUUUUUCCAGCUCAUUGAGUUCAAGAUGUGAAAGAGGAAAGUGCUCGGUUGACUGAGUUCCAACGUAGUUUUCUCCGGGGACCCGAAUUUCCUCCCUUUUAUCCGCAAAUAUUUCCUUCGAUACUUAGAUACUGUGCAAAACAUAAACAAAACUUUUUCCCUUCUUCGAAAAAAAGAAUGGAGAAAAGAGCAACGACACUCCGCAUUACUGUCAAUGCUAAACAACAGGCAAACACUUUACACAGCAUUUUUUUCCGAUUUUUUGUGUGUGUUGCGCGCAUGCUCGUUUUUCAGAUAAAAGUGACACAUUUUCAAAGUCAAAUGAUAUAUUAAACUAUUGAUUAACAUCAUAACAUAGUUUCUUUCUUGCAGGUUCAUCAAAAUGAAUAGAUUGAAGACUGAUCAACGCAGUAAAGUGAAAAGCUUUGUUCAAUGGACACAAUCAACCGAUCCAACCGCAAUAAGUUUUCUGACAAAAGCCAAUUGGAAUAUCGAGUAUGCGACUCAAUUGUAUUUCGACAAUCCAAGACUUUUUGAGCAAUCGGUUCCUUCGGUUGAUAGACUAAAAAUUGAAAGAUUGUUCUCGUCGUAUGUCGAGGAAUGCGAUAAAUUAGGAGCCAAAAGAAUGGGACCUCAUGGAGUACAAAGAUUGUUGAAUGACUUGGGAUAUAAUCCAUGUGAUCGCCGUGUUUUACUCUUGGCUUGCAAGUUCAAGGUACAUUUUUCCUACCCGAUUAGUUUUCAGAAUCUCAAUCCAAAUAAUUCAGGCUGCAACUCAAUGCGAAUUCUCGCUCGAAGAAUGGUUUGAAGGGAUGUCAGCUCUUCGCGCUGAUUCAAUUGAUGCUGUUCGAGAACGUUUGAACACUCUUGACAACGAAUUGAGCUCUGACAAACAAAAGUUCCGCGAACUCUAUAAUUUCACUUUCCAAUACGGAAAACCAGCUAGUCAACGUAGUUUGGACAUGGAAACUGCGAUUGCCUAUUGGCAUGUUUUAUUCGGAGAACAAUUCAAUAUUUUUGGACAAUGGGAAGAGUUUUUGAGAGAAGAACAUAAGGGUUUGUUUUUGUUUUCCGCAUUUUUCGAUUGAAUAAAAAAAAUCAAAACUAAAUGUCAUUCUUUAGGAGGUAUCACAAAAGAUACCUGGAGUCUUCUUCUGGAUUUUGUUUAUACAAUCAAAUCAGAUCUUUCAAACUACGAUGAAGAUGGAGCUUGGCCAGUUUUGAUCGAUCAAUUCGUCGAAUAUGCUCGCGAAAAAUACAAUUAUCCCAAUCCAAACGCCUCCAACGAAAAACAAAAUGAGAUUUCUGCCUAUUCCUCAUAUUAUUAA